AUGCAGCGGUGCACCGGUUUCCUCUUUCUGUCCUUAAUCCUUUGUGCCACCCUCUCGGAAACACUCGGGCUGGUUUUCUCAGCAAAAGAAAAAAGGGGAUGGACUUUGAAUAGUGCUGGUUACCUACUGGGGCCACGUCGUAUUGAUCAGCUUUUACUGAUAAAGGAAAUGCCCAUUGCAAAGGGGAGAGAAGAGGCACCAGGGGCAUAUGCAGUAGAUAACCACAGAUCUUUUAAUGACAAACAUGGUUUCACCGGUAAACGUGAAAUACAGCCUGAUGAGGAUAUUAAAGCAGGGAAUCUUGGAAGACCACUGGCUGAUGAAAACAUUGUGCGCACAGUAAUCGAAUUUUUGACUUACUUGCAUCUUAAAGAGGUGGGAGCGCUUGACCAACUACCUUCACCAGAGGAAACAAACCAGUCUUGA